CCGCCGCCGCCGCCGCCGCCCCCCCCUGCUCGCACCGCUGCUGCCGGCCUCCGGAGUAAUAUGCUCACUCGAGUGAAAUCUGCCGUGGCCAAUUUCAUGGGCGGCAUCAUGGCUGGCAGCUCAGGCUCCGAGCACGGCAGCGGCGGCUGCGGAGGCUCGGACCUGCCCCUGCGCUUCCCCUACGGGCGACCCGAGUUCCUGGGGCUGUCUCAGGACGAGGUGGAGUGCAGCGCCGACCACAUCGCCCGCCCUAUCCUCAUCCUCAAGGAGACCCGGCGGCUGCCCUGGGCCACUGGCUACGCAGAGGUCAUCAAUGCCGGGAAGAGCACACAUAACGAAGACCAAGCCAGCUGUGAGGUGCUCACUGUGAAGAAGAAAGCAGGGGCCAUUACCUCCACCCCAAACAGGAACUCGGCGAAGAGGCGGUCCUCGCUUCCCAACGGGGAGGGCCUUCAGCUGAAGGAGAACUCGGAGUCGGAGGGCGUUUCCUGCCACUACUGGUCGCUGUUUGACGGCCACGCGGGGUCGGGGGCGGCCGUGGUGGCCUCCCGCCUGCUGCAGCAGCACGUCGCGGAGCAGCUGCAGGACAUCGUGGAGAUCCUGAAGAACUCGGCCGUGCUGCCGCCCGCCUGCCUGGGCGACGAGCCGGACCACGCGGCCCCCGGCAGCCGGACUCUGACGCGCGCGGCCUCGCUCCGCGGAGGGGUGGGCGCCCCGGGCUCCCCCAGCACGCCGCCCACGCGCUUCUUCACCGAGAAGAAGAUCCCGCACGAGUGCCUGGUGAUCGGGGCGCUGGAAAGUGCAUUCAAGGAGAUGGACCUCCAAAUUGAACGAGAGAGGAGUUUGUACAAUAUAUCUGGCGGCUGCACCGCCCUCAUCGUGGUCUGCCUUCUGGGGAAGCUGUACGUGGCCAACGCUGGGGACAGCAGGGCCAUAAUCAUCAGAAACGGAGAAAUCAUCCCCAUGUCUUCGGAGUUCACCCCUGAGACCGAGCGCCAGCGGCUGCAGUACCUGGCAUUCAUGCAGCCUCACUUGCUGGGAAAUGAAUUCACACAUUUGGAGUUUCCAAGGAGAGUACAGAGGAAGGAACUUGGAAAGAAGAUGCUCUACAGGGAUUUUAAUAUGACAGGCUGGGCAUACAAAACCAUUGAGGAUGAUGACUUGAAGUUUCCCCUUAUAUAUGGAGAAGGCAAGAAGGCCCGUGUGAUGGCGACCAUUGGAGUGACCAGGGGACUUGGGGACCAUGACCUGAAGGUGCAUGACUCCAACAUCUACAUCAAACCCUUCUUGUCUCCAGCUCCAGAGGUAAGAGUCUACGAUCUCUCCAAAUACGAGCAUGGAGCAGAUGAUGUGCUGAUCUUGGCCACUGAUGGACUCUGGGAUGUUUUAUCAAAUGAAGAAGUGGCAGAAGCAAUCACUCAGUUUCUCCCUAACUGUGAUCCAGAUGACCCUCACAGGUACACGCUGGCAGCCCAGGACCUGGUGAUGCGAGCCCGCGGUGUCCUGAAGGAUAGAGGAUGGCGGAUAUCCAACGACCGGCUGGGCUCAGGAGACGACAUUUCUGUAUACGUCAUUCCUUUAAUACAUGGAAACAAACUGUCGUGAAAACAGCCCAGGGUUUUGGAAGGACAGGAGGGAUGAACGCUGGGACGCCUCUGGGCAGGGCUGGGCUGGGGAGUGCCCCAGCACGGUUCCAAGUGAUGCCACCCCUUCCCAGCCCAGGUGGGGAGCUUGCUGCUGAAAGGCCUCUGGCUGAGCUUCAGGAGGGCCCCUGGGUUUCAGUUUCCUCUUUAGAAACAGGUCUGGAUACACGAAAGAGCAAAACAUAAAGGCUGCUACUGAGUGUUGUGUUUCUCCUGGUUCCUUUCGUAGGCCUCCUAGGUGGCCAUGGCCCAUCUCGGGGGCACCUACGUCAUAUUUAUUUUAUCUGCAGUAGCUGGGGCAGCCACUUUCGGGUGGUCACUGGCAGAAGACUCUUUAGCCCACCCAGCUGCCAACCUCUCUACGGGUUAACAGUGCUGCGCUGGAGUGCUGGGGAUCACGCCUCAGGAGAUGGACACACCCAUCUUCUCGUAAGCCUGAGAUGUCUUUCAGGGAACACUAUCUGUGUGUCUUCGUUUCUUUAUUCUUUUUCGGUAAUGGUGGGGUGCGGCAGGGAUGUUUUUCUGAUAUUCCUUGAAUCUUCAUUGUUUCCCUUCCAUAGCACAGACCUGGGACUUUCCAGGCCCCUGCCGCGGAGUCUGUGUGUCCAAGUCUGGCUCGGACCGUCCCCACAUCCUGUAGCCCACGCCGCCCAGGCAGCCAUCUGGAGCUGCGCCCUGACUCACAGAGUUCAAUCUCUGUUAUGUAACAGUUUGUUCCUGAGUUGGUUUUUCUCACCAAAUCAAUGUGCUUUCAUGAAAAUAUGAGUGUUUCUUUGGACCAGUGGUUCCUCUCUCGUCUUCACGGGUCCCCCUGGUAUGGUUUCCGGUUUCUCUCUGAGAGCCUGGGUGUUCGUUUCUGGGUUGGUUGGCCCUCCCCCCACCCUCUGUGCCAUAAGGAUACACACGAAGCAAGUGUUGAAUCGAGUGGUGUAGACGUUCCUUAUAUGGAUCAGCUCACCACACGUCGAGGAUCACUCUCCUCCACCUAGAUCCAGGUUCUGAGGGUGGGGACUGGCCCCAAGCCCACGCCAAAUAAUGUGUUAAGGAUCAAGAGCAGCAGUCUUAUUAGCGUCACCAUCAGAUUUGGGCAAAACCCACUCAGAACAGCCAUGUAAUAAAAGUGCAUUUGAAUCAGAUUGACUGGUCCUUGUCAGGCUAUGCGCCCUGUUCCUUCUCCAUGGAAGCAUCCCAGCCCCCCAGGUACUGAGACCUCCCCCUCUCCUGCCACCUCUAGGCGUUCCUCACAAGAGCAGCAUUGGACGGAUCAGAUCUACCUGCUGCUUCUCUGCCGGGAGGACUCACAAAACAGUUCUAGGAAUCACUUCUCUCUCUUACGGCCUCUCAGUACGGCAGGACCUUGUAGAGCAGGGUCCAGUCACCAAGUCUUCCUGCAGACCAUAGACCUCCUGUGGCAGCAUCACCAUCUCGGCUACUUUUUGUGAUAAAAACAUGCUUCCCCCCCACCCCCACCAUUAAAGAAAAAAAGUCAUUUUUUUUCUUGCUGUGAUUCCCCCAGAAGGCUGGAGAGUCAGUUCCACUUCCUGUGUGUUCCAAUCCCUUCCCCACAGCAGGAAAAUAAAGCUUCCCCAAAGGGAAAGAUAACUUUCCUCUGGGAUAAUCACCUGCAUUUACAUUCCUAAAAUGUAAAUAUUCUCUGAGGAAUGGCCUAGAGCCUUCCUACUUAGAAAUGUGUUCAUCUUGCAGCCUGGAAACAAUGCCUGGUCUUGUGGGUGAAGUGUGGUGGGACUUUACCCACCCAGUGUUUGCCAAAACCUCGCCUGGGAAGAACUGGACCGACUGCGCCUUUGUCAGGAGUCAUCUUCAUCCCAUGGCUUCCAUCCUCCUUCCAUCAAUCUUAGCCACCCCCAGGGACAGCUCUAUGGGGAGAAGUCUGUGGUACCCAAUGUGCUGCUCUCGGGAAAUGUGCAGGCAGCCCGCAGCAGAGUGGGCCACUUUCUGUUGCUGCGCUGACUCUCAAAACCAUGUACAAAUUCAGAAACUUGAGAAAGUUUUCCAUGGAGGACUCUGAGCCACCUUCUUUGGGAAGCUGUCCUCACAAGCUGUCACCUCUUCCCAGUGUUCCCAUUGCCCUUCGUUUAUUUCCUGGGCUGCUAUUUUAUUCAAGGCACUAGAGUCAGAGUUUGGAUGUAACAUUCCACUCCACUCUCCAUUGUGUGUCCUGCCAAGGCAUGUCUGGGCAAAAAUCUCUGGAACCUCCUUGUUCAAUUUAUCCUAAAGUCCGUGAGCAUUUAGUCCCACCGGAUUUAGUUAGAAAGGUAUCUAGGAAUUCUCUUUAUAAGCUCCCCUUGGGUGGAAGGAUUUUGGUAGCAAGCUGACGCCAUAUGUCUGUUUGGGGAUGGGAGGGAAACCACAAGGGCUCAACCAGAUGUGGGGAACACAUGACUUGUUAAUGCCUGUUGCAGGUCUGCCCAGCACGGGUGCUCUGUGAGUUGAGCUUCCUCCAUUUCAGCCUUAUUUUUCACCCAGGCUCUGGAUCAUUCCAUCCCUGAAUACUAACUGUGUUUACACAUCAGUUGGCCCUUGGAGCAUUCCUGGAAAGGUCAAAAGGCAACACCAAAUUCCGCAGAACAUAUUUAUACAUGGUUCUCUUAUCUUGCCUAUCUUGUGUAUCAAUCCUGUUUGCUUGCCCUGGCGGCCUCAGAGGAAGUCUUGCUUAAUGAAAAGCGUUUGAUUUCCCAGUCGUCUUUAUGGCUGUCUGGGGGGUUGGGGGGUGAGGUGGCCACUUGCUUUCAUGAAAGGCUGUCUCAGUUCUGAAUCCCCUUGUUGGGCUGGCCUCUGCUCUUUUCAACAUUUGGUGACACUCUUCCUUAAAGACCACCAGCUCACGCUCCAUCCACACUGGUGUUUUGUCAGGUGACAACGAAAGCUUGUUCUCCCCACACCUGAAAUCAGAGCAGUGUGAGCAGCCUUAAGACUGGAGGGCAUGUUCUCUUGCGGCUCUGCCUGCCUAAAUGCUCUUCUUAGAGAGGGAACAGAGAAGUGAAAACAGGCGAGGCCAAGUAAUCCUCUAACAGGACAAAGCCCCCAGAGUGGGGAUUUGUUCUUUUCCACUGUUUACAGCUUUGGGGAAUUGGGGGUAUUUAAUUUUUUUUUAAUCCCUAGCAGUUUACCCUGUAACUUGGGGCUGCAUGAAGUCAGCUGUGCUUUUUUUUUUUUUUUUCCAAUUCUUCUCAGUGUUCAUUUACUCCUUGGAAAGAAUCACAGCUGUUAGUAGAUACUGGUGGACAGAGAUGAGAGUCCCAGAUCCAGAGCUGGCCUCAGAUGUUGGCCAUUCUGGCAGGGUUUUCAGUUUACCAAGAGCACUAAUGUGGAAACACUCGGGGGACAAAAAAAAAAACUCCCACAUCUUUAUGACUCUGGUCUAACCUCCUCGCUCAUCUGCCAAUCAACUUUAUUUCAAAGGUCAGUGGUUUUCUUUCCACCACCGUCUAAGGAUCUUACCUUCCCUUAAGUGACCCGGCAGCUCCAGUUUUCAGACUGAACAUGUUAAGCUUUAAUGAGAUUCUAUUUUCGGUAAGUUCAUGCUACUGGGACACAUGGAAAAAAGCAGUGAGUCACUGUCUAUGCAAAACACCCACCAGGUUGACUCUAGAAGGUAGCAGAUCUAAGAUGACAGUGAAACAGUAUCUGGCCAUCUGACAGAAUUUUACAUUAGGAAUCUGGAUUUUUGAGGACUUUGAAUUGCAGAGACAGGUCGCAGCCUGCACUCCCUAGACCACCCCCCGCCCCAGCACACUUUGGUCCUGUGUGGGUGAUGUGGCUUAUGUGUGUACACUGGGAUUUUUCAAAGGACACUACAUGAGCAGCCCCACUUGCCUCUUCUGUAAGCACCAUGGUGGCCCUUUGUGAUCUGAGUGCCAGGCCAGGGAAGUGCUGCUCUUUCUAACCCACGAUGUGAUUUGUGUAAAUAGCUUUAAUUUUUGCCUUGGCGUCUUAGAUGAAGUUUUGUUUCUGUAGCGACCAGGUAGACAGAGACCAAAUGAGGCUGUAAAUGUGAUGUUUUCUACUGUGAUGUACUUGAAGGAGAAUCUCGUGUCCUCCAAUUUUCCAUAGUAUUUUGUGUUUGGGGAGUCCUGAGGUUACUCUUUGAUUCCUACUUUGCCUCCAUUCUCUUUGUUUCUUCUGGAAACCCAGGGAGGCCCCCAGUGGAGAUCAUUUGUAAGGAAUGUAUCACGGUCUGGGUUUCCAAGAAAAUACCCUACGUACAGAGAACUAAGAAGAAUCUGCCUGAAAAUGGUUUCGGCACCGUGUAACCGUUCUGCUUUGUGAUUGUGAAACCUUGACUUUUGUAACCCAAAAAUGAAACCUGUUUAGUAAAGGGGAUCUAUUUUGUGUGUUUUGAAACUUAGGUGCAAUGUUCCCUGGAAAAAGCUAAAGAAAUGUAUAUGCUCAAUGCCGUUUUAAAAUAAAAUAUUAUAUAUAUAUAUAUAUAUAUGUAUAUAGGAUACCUUUAGCAAAACUGU